CUUUCCCAUUCCGUCCCCUCCCAAACGCAGUGCUAUGUGGGCGACUUGGUGCUUCACUCAGUAAUCGCAUUUUCUCUUCCUAAUUGCAAUUUUCUCUCUUUAUAUUUUCGAUUUGCAGCAGCGCCCAUCAAAUCGCGUCUACAGGUUGAGGCUUCUUCCGAGUGAUUUUAUGACGCAGAACGGUAAUUCAAUCGGAAGCCAAUUCGAGAGACCCUGAUCUCGCCUUACACCACUUCGAUUUUGCCGCGAACAAAGAUACAGGCAGAACUGUUAAGUAUUGGAGUGGUCAAACAAGAUGUCUGAAGUUGCAACAACCAAAGUGGAUCAAUCAUAUGGUGGGACAGAUGAUACCCAGAAAUUGGUAUUUGAGUUGGGUGCUUUUGUUGGGGAUUUGACUGUUGAGGAGGAUGGAAAUGGUGAUGAUAUAUCACUUGAAGGACUAGAGCAAGAGCUAGAAGAAUGUAAAAGUGAUGAUGUUGUUGCAAACAUACUGUCUAAAGGUACAAAGUUGAGGGAGUACACUAAGGGUGUCGAGAACAAUUUAAGGCAAGUUGAGCUGGACUCUAUUCAGGAUUACAUAAAGGAAAGUGAUAACCUUGUCUCACUUCAUGAUCAGAUUCGUGACUGUGAUAGCAUUCUGUCACAAAUGGAAACCCUACUAGGUGGAUUUCAGGCUGAGAUUGGCUCUAUAAGUUCGGACAUAAAAGUUCUUCAGGAGAAGUCAAUGGACAUGGGAUUGAGGCUGAAAAAUCGUAAGGUGGCCGAAUCUAAACUAGCAAAAUUUGUUGAAGACAUUAUUGUCCCACCAAGGAUGAUUGACAUAAUUGUUGAUGGAGAGGUUAAUGAUGAAUAUAUGAGAACUCUUGAGAUUCUGAGUAAGAAGCUGAAAUUUGUUGAAAUAGAUCCUACAGUUAAAACUUCAAAAGCUCUCAAAGAUGUUCAACCUGAGCUAGAGAGACUCCAGCAGAAAGCAGUCUCAAAGGUGUUUGAGUUCAUUGUUCAGAAGCUUUAUGCAUUGAGAAAGCCUAAAACAAAUAUCCAGAUCCUUCAACAGAGUGUUCUUCUAAAAUACAAGUACAUUAUUUUGUUUCUCAAGGAGCAUGGCAAAGAUGUUUAUACUGAGGUUCGUACAGCAUAUAUUGACACAAUGAACAAGGUUUUAAGUGCACAUUUUCGUGCUUAUAUUCAAGCACUGGAGAAAUUGCAACUGGAUAUAGCAACACCUAAUGAUCUGAUAGGUGUUGAAACCAGAGGUGCUGGUCUCUUUUCAUUAGGAAGAGAACCUCUGAAGAAUCGUUCUGCUGUUUUUGCUCUUGGAGAGAGGAUAAAUAUUUUAAAGGAAAUUGAUGAACCUGCCUUAAUUCCACAUAUAGCUGAGGCCAGCUCCCGCAAGUAUCCUUAUGAAGUCCUAUUUAGGAGCUUGCAGAAGCUACUUAUGGAUACUGCUAGUUCAGAGUAUCUUUUCUGUGAUGAUUUCUUUGGGGAAAAAUCCAUGUUUUCUGAUAUAUUUGCAGGUCCGUUUCUGAUAAUUGAUGAACACUUCAAUUCAAUCCUCCCAAAUUGUUUUGAUGCAAUUGGAUUAAUGCUAAUGAUCCGUAUUAUACACCAACACCAGCUCACUAUGUCUCGAAGACGGAUUCCAUGCUUGGAUUCAUACUUGGAUAAGGUCAACAUUUCACUGUGGCCUCGUUUCAAGACAGUGUUUGACAUGCACCUGAGCAGCUUGCGAAAUGCAAAUGUGAGGACAUUAUGGGAAGAUGAUGUUCAUCCUCAUUAUGUGAUGCGGCGCUAUGCUGAAUUUACUGCCUCACUUAUUCACCUUAACGUUGAAUAUGGAGAUGGUCAGCUUGACCUAAACUUGGAAAGGCUCAGAAUGGCUAUUGAUGACUUGCUUGUCAAGCUUGCAAAAAUGUUUCCGAAGCCAAAACUGCAGACAGUUUUUCUGAUAAACAAUUAUGACAUGACAAUUGCUGUGCUGAAGGAGGCUGGUCCUGAAGGUGGGAAGAUUCAACUGCACUUUGAGGAACUGUUGAAGAACAACACAGCAAUAUUUGUUGAGGAAUUACUGCUAGAGCAUUUCAGUAAUCUUAUCAAGUUUCUAAAGCCCAGUGCCUCCGAGGACCUAACAGCUGUCUCCGAAAGGCCAAUAAGCGUAUCGGAGGUUGAGCCACUGGUAAAGGACUUUGCAAGUCGAUGGAAAGCGGCGAUAGAGCUUAUGCAUAACGAUGUGAUAACUUCUUUCAGCAACUUCUUGUGUGGAAUGGAGAUAUUAAGAGCCGCAUUGACGCAGAUGCUGCUUUACUAUACCAGGCUGUCAGAUUGCAUUAAGAGGACUGAGGGUGGGCCUGCGCUGAACAAGGAUCUUGUUUCCAUAUCCUCCAUUAUGUACGAGAUCAGGAAGUACUCUAGGACUUUCUGAAGACAUCACCUGAACCCAAAACCCACCACCCACAAUAAUAUCUUAGAUUUGCAGUAGAAAAUUUAAAUUUUGUUUUUGUUCUGUUUUCGGAGAGUUUUGAGCUUAAUUUUGUAUUUUCUAAAGGUAUACAUACAUGUUUGUUUUGCUCGUGGUAUGAGGAGCUUCAGUGCGAUUGAACGAA